UCACUUCUCGUCUCACUCGGCACAUUCCAUUCCACCAAAGUUCUCACUCUCAGCAGAGAAAAUCAUCAAAUUUCAUCCCCAUCAGUGGCGCCUGAGCGAGAGCGUGCGUUUCCUUCGUAAUCCUCCAAGCAACUGCAACCAUUCUAAGCUCGAUUCUACCCGUGUGACGAUGGAGGAGUCGUGGAGUUCUCAGCAUUUUUUGCAUGGCGGUUUCUGAAGGAAGGAAGGAAGAACAGACCGCGCCCCUGAUUCUUAACAGUUCGUCUUUUCCUUUCCUCCUUCUGUUUAUUUUCGAGCAUUUCGUCUCUAUGACCUGUGAAUUCCGCCUUCUCGUUUUGUUUGAAAUGUUCCUGAUCAGUUGCCCCGUGCGCUAUUUGAAAUGGCAGUUGAGGAUUUGCGUCAGGGGAGAAAUUUAAUUUCAGCUUUGCUAGGGUUUCAGAUUUCCGUUUCCGGUUUUUGAAUUGUUGUUUGAGCGAAUUUGGGAAGAUGAGAAGAAAGUUGGUGUUCAGUGGAUGGGGCUCGAAGGACCUGCUCGAGUUCCUUGCUUCAAUAGGGAAGGAGACGGCCGAGCAAUUGUCUCAACAAGAAGUCGUCGGGAUAAUUUCCAAGUACUGUGCUGAUAACGGCCUGUUUGAUCCGGAGAAGAGGAAGAGGAUCCUCUGUGACGCAAAACUUCAGACACUUUUCAGGCGGAAGUGGAUCAGUAAGAAUGGCAUCCAUACACACGUGGGGAAGCAUUUUGCCGAGAACCUAUCGAAUGAUGAUGAUGAUGAUGCGAUGGAGAUAGAAGAAGAGGUUGAUCAGGGGCUUGAAGUUGGUGAAGGGAGUUGUGAGGAUUAUGUAGCGUCGUCUGGUGAGAAGAGGAAGAGGAAAUCAAGGCCCGAAGCUGGUUGCCAGAAGUUGGGGAAGGAGGUUGUGGUUGUGCAAAAAGGGCUGUUUGCAUCUGUUACUGCUGAGAAUAUCAAACGCGUUUACCUGAGGAAGAAUGUGUUGGAUGAGUUGAUGAAGGAGCCGGAGAGCUUCGAUGCUAAAGUUGUGGGAUGUUUUGUGAGGAUCAAGACUGAUCCUUAUGACUACUCUAGGAAAACCUCCCAUCUGCUUGUUUUGGUGAAAGGGGUAAAGAGAACUUCAGGGAAUGCUGAAAUGGGGGAUUCUCUUCUGGAGGUUUCCUGUGUGCUGAAAGAUGUACCCAUUUCUAAGGUUUCUGAUGAUAAUUUCACUGAGGAUGAAUGUGAGGACCUGCGUCAACGAGUUAAGGACGGCCUGCUUAAAAGGCCUCUGGUUGCAGACUUUGAGGAGAAGGCUCAGAGUCUCCAUGAGGUUAUAACAAGAGAUUGGAUCGUAAGAGAGCUGGCAUUACUAAAACGCCGUAUUGGUCAGGCAAGUGAGAAGGGAUGGAGACGCGAGCUUGCCGAGUACUGGGAAACAUGGAACAAUCUCCAAACACCCGAGGAGCAAUCUCGGCUGCUACAGAAAAUCCCAGAGAUUAUUGCAGAUGAAGAGGCAGCGGAAUCAGCAUGCAAGGAAAUGCCAAGGCAUGAAGAGCAAGCAAAGAUUCUACAACCAGGAGAAGGUUUGGUAAAAGCGAAACCAUCCAAAUGUCUAAUCAGAGAGGGAACUUCGAGUCCACGCAAUGUGGUGGAAGCUACAGGACAUGCCAUUAAAGCUGCUCAAACCCCUCCUCCUGUGCGUACUGCAUCACUUUCUCCCGCCAACAACGUGGUGGAGAAAAUCAAGGAAGUGGGGAUCCAAAAGGUAGCCUUAAACACCGAGAAACAAACAUUCCUUCCUCCUGACAACGUGGAGAAAACCAUACAAGAGGAUAUCCAAAAAAAGGCGGCCAAAACUACUGAGAAAGAAACACCUGCAGCAGUACCCUUUCCCAUGGAAACGAGCAUAGAGAAAGAUGCACCCAACGUGGCAUCAAACACAGAUGAGCAAACCGGCGAAGAGGCGAGCCAAAAGACCGAAAAGAGUGCUACAGGAAAGAUCGAGAUCAUCGAUCUGAGCGACGAUGAUAAUCAAGGUGAUAAUACAAGACCUGCUGCCACCAGCAAUCAAGCAGCAACAACAAUAGGAAGAGAAAACGUUAACACCAAGAUGUGGCACUGCAUGAGUGUACGACAAGGACUGCGUCUCGGAGGGCUCUACCCCAUCUCUCUGCUGAGGAAAUGGAGAGAUUCCAGUUCCAACCCUUCGGCACUGCACUUCAAGGUUUGGAAGGAGGGACAGAGAGAGGAAGAAGCAAUUCUUCUGGAAGAGGCGAUUCGUCGGGCCUAUGGUUUGAAGUGAAUCACAAGUCAUGUCUAUGCGCCAUCUGGGAUACCCUAGUUUUCUGCGAUAAUUCAAUGAAGAACUACAGACCUCAGUAAAAUUUUAAUUUAGAUAAGUCAAUGAAGAACUACAGACCUCAGUAUAAUUUUAAUUUAGAUGAUGAAUAGACCUCAGUAGUUUUU